AUGGACAGCAGCACUGUAGAUGAGAGUACUACUAGUGACUCAGCAUCGACUCUUCCGGUGAUCAAGUCGCCGGAGAGUCUUUGCCGCGUCGGCAGCGGCGCAAGCAGCGUGAUUAUCGAUGCGGAGAUCGGCGUGGAAGCCGAAUCCCGGAAACUCCCGUCGUCGAGGUUCAAAGGCGUGGUUCCUCAGCCUAAUGGCAGGUGGGGUGCUCAGAUAUACGAAAAGCACCAAAGGGUCUGGCUGGGGACGUUCAACGAGGAGGAGGAAGCCGCCAGGGCGUACGACAUCGCCGCCCAGCGGUUCCGCGGCCGCGACGCCGUCACCAACUUCAAGCCGUUGACCGAAACAGAGGAGGACGAGGUGGAGUCAACGUUCCUGAACUGCCAUUCCAAGGCGGAGAUCGUGGACAUGCUGAGGAAACACACGUACAACGAUGAGCUGGAGCAGAGCCGGAGGAAUUUCGGGUCAAUGGAAGGGAAUGGGUUGAGGAUCAGGGGCGGGAAGGAAAACGGGCUUUUCUCAUUCGGGUCGGAUAGCAAAUCAAUUAAAGCCCGGGAACAGCUUUUCGAAAAAGCCGUCACCCCGAGUGACGUCGGCAAGCUGAACCGGCUCGUGAUUCCCAAACAGCACGCCGAGAAGCAUUUCCCGUUGCAGAAUGGGAGUUCUUGCAAAGGGGUCCUUCUGAAUUUCGAAGAUAUGGGUGGGAAAGUAUGGAGAUUUAGGUACUCGUACUGGAAUAGUAGCCAGAGCUACGUUUUGACCAAAGGGUGGAGCCGGUUUGUGAAGGAAAAGAGUUUGAAGGCCGGAGACAUUGUCAGUUUUCAGCGGUCAACGGCCGCCGGUGAUAAACAGCUUUACAUUGACUGGAAACCCAGGAACAACAACAACAACAACGCGGUGACGUCAACUCCGGCGAUGAUGACCGGAGGGGCCGCCGCGGCCAUUCAGCCGGUGCAGAUGGUGAGGCUGUUUGGGGUGAAUAUAUUCAAAGUACCACUGCCGGUGGUGGGAGGCGGUGAAAAUAUCAAUACUACAACUUGCAGUGGUAAAAGAGUUAGGGAAAUGGAGUUCUUGGGAUUAGAGUGUAGUAAGAAACCAAGGGCUAUUGAUGCUUUGUAA